AUGUAUAUCGAGGAAAUAAAAGAAGGAGAUCAGUAUGAGAAUUCAUGUAGAGACGUUGUCAUUUUGGAUGCGAAGAGAGUUCUGGUAGGAGCUGGAGCUCGUGCUCUGUUUUACCCUACACUGUUGUACAAUGUUUUGAGAAAUAAGAUUCAAUCCGAGUUUCGUUGGUGGGAUAGAGUCGAUCAGUUUAUAUUGUUAGGAGCUGUUCCGUUUCCGACGGAUGUUCCACGAUUGAAGAAACUUGGUGUUUCUGGAGUGGUUACAUUGAAUGAAUCAUACGAGACUUUGGUUCCCACAUCACUCUAUCAUGCUCAUGAUAUUGAUCACUUGGUCAUUCCAACAAGAGACUAUCUGUUUGCCCCUUCAUUUACUGAUAUAUGCCAAGCUGUAGAUUUCAUGCAUGAAAAUGCCUCUCUUGGGAAGACAACAUAUGUUCACUGCAAGGCUGGUAGGGGGCGCAGUACAACCAUUGUUCUCUGUUACCUGGUGGAACACAGGCAUAUGACGCCCAAGGCUGCAUAUGAGCAUGUGAGAUCUAUUAGGCCUAGGGUACUUUUGGCCCCUUCUCAAUGGCAGGCUGUUCAAGACUACUAUCUCCUCAAGGUGGAAAAAACUAGUAUUUCUGGGUGUAUGAUAAUUAAAAAAGCUUUAGAUCUUCCGACCAAAGAGGAUGGAGAACAGGACACUGCAGCCUUUGAUGAUGGAUCUGCUGUGUUGGUAACAGAAUCUGACCUUGAUGGAUAUGAUGCUACCUGUGACUUGGGUGUAGUGGGUAAUGAUAUGUUGGCAGAGCAGAGCCUGGCUUGCAAGGUUCAGUUUGCUAGUCAGGCUGCUAUUUCCAGACUUUCAUGCCUGUGGCUUGGGUACAACCCUGACCAGAAAUCCUCAACGAAGAAGCUCGGAAGCUCCAUGGGAGCUAAUCAGUUGAGUAGCAUUGCUGUGGACAUCCGGAAACUUUCCCAAGAAGCCAUGCUGACAACCACCACCUCAUCAUUUUAUCCUCUCCUGUCUAAGCCAUCUUCUCCUUACAGAAACUUUACACCAUUUCCUGCUUUGGGAGAUCUCUUUUCUUUCAAGAAGCGUACUAUACGGUGUGGUCACAACUUGAAUGAUGAUGGAAUGCAGAAUGGGCAUGUAGUAUUACAUCAUGAAGAGAAAUUGAGGCGUAGGAUCCUCUUUUUCUUUUCUUUCUCAUUGGGCUUGCAUUCAACUUUGCCUUCUUAUGGAAAGACAAAGAGCAAUAACCCGUAUGAUGAAAGACGCCUGCUGGAACAGAACAAGCGGAUCCAGAAAGAGAACAAUGCACCUGAAGGCUUUCCAAGUUUUAUCAGAGAAGGUUUUGAGGUCAAGGUAGUAGCACCGGAGAAUUAUGUAAAGCGUGACUCAGGGCUUAUAUACCGGGAUUUUGAAGUUGGUAAAGGUGAUUGCCCAAAGGAUGGUCAACAGGUCACUUUCCACUAUGUUGGCUAUAAUGAGUCAGGUCGUCGCAUCGACAGCACCUACUUACAGGGUUCUCCAGCCAAAAUCCGCGUGGGCACUAAUGCAUUGAUUCCAGGGUUUGAGGAAGGAAUUCGAGACAUGAGACCUGGAGGAAAGAGAAGGAUAAUCAUUCCUCCAGAACUUGGACCACCGGUCGGACCUUCCACAUUUUUCAGCUCAAAACAGUUUGAAGUUUUUGAUGUGGAACUUCUCAACGUUAAGGACUGUCAAAGGAGGACUAUAGGAUUUUACUCUGAUGUUAAGUCACAGAGUCGACAGAAACAGAAUCCUUCAGCACAAAUGGCCGAAGUUGCUGCAGAUCCAAAGAAACCAAGUCCAUCUCCAUUAACUGCUGAACAAAUGGGAAUUUUGAAGACCUUGAAAUACAACCUCAUCGAAUCUGGUGCUAAAUCUAACUGA